CUCUCUUGUUCUAUCUUUUUCUUUUUUUAAUUGAUUUGGCUAUGAUUUUGUUUUAUAUGUAAACCCAAUUGAUGGUUGGAGUUGAAAAGCACAAACUUGAGUUAAAGGAUUGGUUUCUGUUAGUUUCAUAAUUUGUGUUUCUCUUAGACGUGUGGUUUAACUGUGUUUUGUUUAUUUCCCUUUUGUUUUUCUGUUGGAUGCUGUUUGGUUGGUUUAGUCUUUUAUUUCUUCUACAAGGUGUGUGUUUAAUCGUUAUGCCGUUUUUUUUCAGAGAUACCGUUUUGAGAUUUGUAUUAUUAUGGUUUCUUUUGCUUGAUAUUGAUUGCCUUUGCACUUCGUGCAAUUUUCAGCUUGUUAAUAGCUUCUCCAUUUUUGAGGGGUCAUAGAAUUCACAUCUUUUGUGCCUUGAAGAUAUUUCUUGAGAGGGAGGUCUUCCCCGUUCAGCUUGUUAUUAUAUAUACUAAAUUCUACAACAAACAGAAAAUAGUUCUCAAACAAGUUAAUUUGGUUGUUUUUUUCUUCUUUAAAAAAACAUGAAACAUACAUUCUCUUCUUUUGAUGAUAGAUCAAACACUCAUAGGGCAGAAACGAACAAAUACAAUGACAUGCCAAAGAAGAGAAGCCUACAAAAAAAAUGGGGAGCCAAGUCACAAACUACAAAUAAAAUCCAAUAAAAUAAGACCUAACAAAUAAUUAUGAAAAGAUCUUGUCCCCAAGGUCCAAAGAGAAAUAUAGAAUCUAAUUAUCUAACUAGAGACCAAAAUAGCUAAGGAAUCUCUGAGCCUUGAAAAUUCUAUUGUUCACUGAUAUGAUAUGAUUCAAUUGUACUCUUACACCACGAAAUGGAACACAGUACACCUUGCCAAAAAAAAAAAAAAAAAAAAAACUGAACCUUUUCAUGAAAUGUUGGAUGAAGAGGAAACCAUGCAAUUGAGUCCCUACAACUCUGGAAGCUAGCAAAGUUAAAACUGAAAUCCUCAAAGAAACGGCUCCACACAACUCUUGCAAAAUCACAUCUACAAAGCAAUGGUCAAGAUCUUCCGUGGCCCUCCUGAGAAUUUAGCAAAGAGUCUCAACCAAAGAGGAACAUUGGGCCAAAUUUUGAUCCAAAGAUGGAAGUGCAAGAUCAUGGUCACAUAAUUGAAGUGUGUGGAGAUGUGCAAGCUGUAGGGCCAAGCAUUGUGGGAAGUAAAAUUUGUGGGGAUGCACCUUCUUGCGGAUUUUCUGAUGCAAAGAACAGCUCGAAAGACGCAAAGGAGCGAUCUGCAUCCAUGCGAAAGCUUUGCAUAGCAGUUGUUCUUUGCAUCGUUUUUAUGAGUGUAGAAGUAGUCGGAGGUAUCAAAGCAAACAGUCUUGCAAUAUUGACUGAUGCUGCUCAUUUGUUGUCAGAUGUUGCUGCUUUUGCUAUUUCUUUGUUCUCACUCUGGGCCUCUGGUUGGGAGGCAACUCCACGUCAGUCGUAUGGUUUCUUCCGUAUUGAAAUACUUGGUGCUCUUGUUUCCAUUCAGAUGAUCUGGCUUCUUGCUGGAAUUCUUGUUUACGAAGCUAUUGUCCGUCUUAUCAAUGGUCCGGGAGAAGUUAAGGGGUUGCUCAUGUUUGCUGUUUCUACAUUUGGGUUAGUUGUGAACAUAGCCAUGGCUCUGCUACUUGGUCAUGAACAUGGUCAUGCCCAUUCUCAUGGUCACAAUCAUGGACAUGGUGAGCAUGACCAUGGUCAUGGCAGCCACGAACAUGGUGAGGAAGAUCAUAGACAUCGUCAUGGAAUAAGUGUGACCAUGCACCACCACCACCAUGAUGAGAAGGGAGCUGCCAGCGAUGGUGUUGAGCACCACCACCACCAUCACGAACACAAGGAAUCAACAACUGUCCCCUUGCUUGAUAGUUCACGAAAGGUUACAAAAACGCAAAAGAAACAACGGAACAUAAAUGUACAGGGGGCUUAUCUUCAUGUACUUGGAGAUUCCAUCCAAAGCAUCGGGGUAAUGAUCGGUGGGGCAAUCAUAUGGUAUAGACCAGAAUACAUGAUUCUUGAUCUGAUAUGCACCCUCAUUUUCUCUGCGAUUGUGUUGUGCACAACAAUUCAAAUGCUUAGAAAUAUCCUUGAGGUUUUGAUGGAGAGCACGCCUCGGGAGGUGGAUGCAACAAAGCUCGAAAAGGGUUUGUGUGAGAUGGAGGAGGUAGUUGCAAUCCAUGAACUGCACAUUUGGGCCAUAACUGUUGGGAAGAUUCUAUUGGCAUGUCAUGUUAUAAUAAAGCCAGAGGCAAAUGCAGACAUGGUAUUGGACAAAGUCAUUGAGUAUAUUAGAAGAGAGUACAACAUCAGCCAUGUUACCAUUCAGAUAGAGCGUCAAUAGAUCUUUAAUUAGAUGCUAUGCUAUGCUUUGUAGUAGUUGUAGCUAUGGUUUUUCAAAUGAAGUUUCAUUUCUUUUCAAUUCCCGAAUAUUAAAUGCAUAUCUUCUUCUUCUCUCUCUCAACAAGGGAAAUGGAAUUGCUAUUCAGUGCAAGUAUAUUAGUAGGGGAAAUUCUAACUAGGAUUGCUCAUCAUUUAUAAACUCUUAUAAUAAGUGUCAUUCAAUCA